AUGGAUCAAAUGGAAGGCAGUGGCAGUGGCUCCGCAGUGCUACAUCGUCCUGGGACUUGCUGACAUCUGUGGAAAGAUGCACAGUAAACAUCGGGGAGAACUAUAAACAACAUUUAUUUACUAUUGUCAGUCAGGUGACAUCGCAGUAACAUCAGCAAACAGGAAGUGUUAUGCUGUCACAGGAAGUGCCCGAAAGAUCAAAGACAACGCAGCCGACUGGCACAACCUGAUGAUGAGGUGGGAAAAACUCAACGAGGAAGGAUUCGAAGUGGCGGGAAACAUCGUCAACAUGAGACUGACCCGUUCUCAGAGUGAUCAGCUGCUGGUGGACGAGUCUUCAUCACCUACAUCAGCUCCAUCAGCUUCCUCAGCUCUCUGGCAGCUGCCGGGCAGAGCUCCAGAGCUGCAGGACGAAUGCUGCAAACUGCAAGAUGUCAUCAACAAAAUGGGCGUUGUGGUGAUGAAGAUGGAGCGUCUGGUGACAUCACAGCGAGCUGUUCAAGAUCUGGAGGAGUUUCAAUUUGGACCUGAAGGAAGAAAGUUUCCUCUGUUUCACAGCUGGGACACCAAACACUUUGAGGAGUCGUCUCGUAUCUUGUUGGAGUCAUUCUGUCAGGAGCUGAAGUUGAAGCAGUUGAUCCUGCAGGAAGUCGCCCACACCUUGACCUCUGACCUUUGCAUGGUCUACCUGUCCUGCUGGUUGCACCAGCCCUUCAUCCCCCCACAAACCAGACUGAUACUGGAGGCUCUGCUGCUGGAGACUGGACACCGCCCGCUCUGAUGUCAUCCAUCCUCCAGAGUCAUGUGAUCAACACCAGGGUCAUCUGACUGACCAGGCACUAACCUAGCUUAGGUCAAAGGCUUAAGUCAGGGGGAAACUGUUAGGCUAGCUGUUGUCAGCACAGGUGUAGAAGCAGCGCUGUAAAGAGACGUAAAGCUGGAUCAACGUCCUGACGCAGAAGGUUAACCCCUACAAUCAGCUGAUGGACAUCAUUCGACACACAAGUCUGUUUUUGUCUCUAAAGCUUAAAAUUCAAUGUUUAUAUUCCAAUUGACUACAUAAACAAAUGUUUUAUAAUGAAUAUGUAUUUGUUGCUGACCUUGUGCACAAACAGUAAAACUAGUUUGACGUUCUCAAAUUUUCACGGAGGAAGAACAAACGCUCUGUUAGCAUCAGAAGCUUCACUGUGAAAAACGACUUAAACACAGAACCAGUUUCCCUGCGUCGUUCUCAGUACGACUGUAUGUGACAACAAAGAAAACAUGAAACAGCUCAAAGUCGAGGUCAUCACGUCUGUUUAUUGGAGGAACAUGAAACAUGUUUAAUUCAUUCAGCACUCAAACUGUUCUCAGUCUGUCCUCACAUCGCUUCUCCAAACCAGCACAAAUGUUCACGUUAUGUUUGGAAAAUGUUUUGCUGUGAAGUUUUAUAAAAAGUAAUAAAAUAGUGCAACUUUUUUUAAA